AUGGAUCAAGUCCAAUCUUUUGAACCAGAUAAUUAAGCUUCUGCUUAAUAAGAUCAUUGUGAUAAAUGUGACAACAAUGAAAUUUAAAAAAAUGGUAGUCAAACAAGAAGAGCAUGGUCCUUAAAAGAAGACAAUUAACUUAAAUAAGCCAUAAAAAUACAUGGUACCAAUUGGCUAUUAGUGGCUUAAGCAUUACAAAACCGCAACCCUUCUUAAUGUGCUUAGAGAUGGAAAAGAAUAAAACCUUAUAAUGUACUAAUUAAGUGUAUAUUCUAAGUAUAAUAUUCGUAAACCAUGGACAAAUAAGGAAGAUUAGCUACUCUUGAGAUUAGUACAAGUACAUAAGAAAAAUUGGGUAUAAAUAGCCAAAUGUAUACCUAAUCGUACUAGUAAGUAAGUCAGAGAAAGAUUUGUAAAUAAAUUGAAUCCAGACAUUAAUUAAGAACCUUUUACAAAAGAGGAAGAUAUGAUAAUAGUAGAUGGGUAUAAGAAUUUUGGAUCUAAAUGGUGUAAAAUAUCUAAAUUACUUCAAGGAAGGCCUGUAUUAAUUAAUUAUUAUUCUAAGGAAAACAUAAUAAAAAAUAGAUAUUAUUCUUAUAUUCGUAAGCGUUAUUUUAAUAUUGAAAAUCCUUACUAUGUAGUUCCAUAACCAAAUUAUGAGUUAUAAUAAUCAAUUUAAAUGGAGAACAUAAACAAUAAAUAAAAGAGAUCAGCAAAAAGAACUAUAGAAAGACUCAAUAUUAGAAGAAAACUUACAGUAUUAUUACAAUUUAUUUAAGAACUAGUCUAAUACCGAAGAAAAAAAUGAAAAAAGGAGGAAAAAAUAGGAUAAAAAUAAAGUGAAAUAAUUGAAAGAAAAAGUUAAAUUACAAAUGGUUGCACUUGAUGAAAAUGAUUAAUUAAAUAGUAAAGAGGAUUUUAGUAAAAUUCAUUAAAUAUAAUAGAUAAAUUAUAAGAUUAAAAUUAGAUACAAGAUUAGUAAAUCGAAUAAAUAAUAAAAGAAGAGCUCUCGAAUAAUUAAAGUUAAGUUAAAUAAGAAGCUGAAUAAGAUUAGAUUGAAAAGUUGGAAUAAUUACAAGAAAGCUUAAACAUUUCACAAGGUUGCUUUGGACCAUUUCCUUUAAUUUACAAUACCGUUUAGCCAUAUAAGAUGAUGUAUUUUUUUCCUCAAUAGUUACCUAUGUAAUUCAUUCCCUAAUAUUACAUAAAUACUCCAUUUAUGUAAUAUGGGGUAUAAAGCUAGGAUACUUUGCUUUCUAGAUCUUAAGAUAUACAAUAAAAAAGUUAACAGUUAUGA